AGGCGGCGCCGGCGCCAUGUCCUCCCCGGGGGCGGCGGUGCUGCUGUGGUGGCUGAGCUGCGGCGGCUCGGCCUUGUGGAGGUAUUCCAGUAACAGCCCAAACUACCGCAUUUUUAGUACCAGAAGUACUAUUAAGUUAGAGUAUGAAGGAACAUUAUUUUCUGAGUGGAGUGUGCCGGGAACUUGUUCUGUGAAAAACAAAAGAUCACCCAAGACAGAACUGCGUUGUUCAUCUCCUGGUGUUCAGACUAUAAAACCAAUUGUGACAGGCCCAGAUUUAGAAGAAGAACGCUAUUUAUCUGUGGACAAUUCUCAUACUUGCUUUCUGUGGUAUUAUAAAGUUAUAAAUUUCAUGCACAAUUUAACCCAGGUUAUCGUUAUAUGGAUAUAUGAUCCAGAAAAUGCAGACCCUAAUGAGUUGCUGUGGAACGCAAAUGAGCCUUCGCUAAAUUCCAUAAUACUUAGCAAGCAGCUGGCGACUUUGGGACAGACACCUAUCGUAUAUACGAUUCUGAAGAGAAAAGUUUAUUUUCCACAUACAACAAUGAAGAAUGGGACCUGGCAUGUCUCAGUACCCAUGACAGCAGAUGAUAUACUAAAGGAGAUUAGAGGAAAUCAAGUGGCUUUUCAAGAUUGCUUUAUUGCAGAUUUUCUCCUCCUGCUGACUUUUCCUUUGUUGACAAUUCCUGAGAUGCCUGGUUUCUUACCAAUCUCUUCACCACGUGGCAGUCAGUUAAUGGCAGACUGGUCUGCCUGUGUUCCUGCCUCUGUUGUUGUGGUAGCCGACAUGGAGACCUUCCAAACCAAUGAUUCAUUCCGUACUUGGACCAGAAUCAGAGUGCCUCCAAACACUCUGACUGACAACGAAAGACACAGUGUGUCUGAUGUGAACCUAUCACAGGAUGGAAUAUUUUUUCUAAUAAAUGGUAUUCUUUACAUAAAAAGUUUUCAUGCAUUUACAAGACUGGGAAGAAAUGAAAGUCUUCCUGAUGGUGGAAUUAUUGGCAUUACAUCAAGAAAAUGGUGUUGGGUGAAAUAUUUAUUGAAGGCUAAAAGGGAAAGCAGCAGCAUGGCAAUCUGGACAGAAAAUGAAGUUUAUCUGGGAUAUACUCUUCUUAAAUUUGUCAAAAUAAUAACUACUGAAAAGCUGAAAAAUCUUCUCAAUGUACCACCAGCUGCUACUCUGACUAUACACAAUGUUGAGUAUACAGGACACCCUUUGGAACUUGCCUUGUUAUUAAAUCACUGCAUUAUAUGUACAGUCAGCAAAAAGAUUUACCUAGUGAUAUAUAACGAAGAUUCAAAAGAGUGGGUGCACCAAGACUUCACAUUAGAUGUCACUAUGGACACUUUUUUAAUUCCACGUUUUCUAUAUUCAGCAAUGCCAGAAUUCAUACUCUGGGACAAACAUAGGGUCUACUAUUAUUAUUACAAUCUCACCGAUACUGGAGUUUUACAGACACCGACAGAAUUUGGAAAUCUAUCAAGAUUAUCACGUGACAGCACUAUUCAUGAUGUUUUUAUAGAUUAUUAUGGAAAUAUUGUGGUAAAAAUGGAAAAUAAUAUAAUGUUUUAUUUCAAGAUUCAUAUUAGAGAUGCAGUAAAGCUACAUUUAUGGACAAAUAGUGCAAUAAAAUCACUGACUUGCAUGAAUGCUUCUGGUCAAGUAUAUCUCAUAUACGUUUUUGAAGAUGGCACAAUACAUCCACAGGAAUAUCCCUUAAAACUGGAAGCACAAAGUGUAGCUUUCAAAACAAAAGAAAAAUGCCCCUACCUAGCAUUUCAUGAUAAUAUUUUUAGUGUUUUUUACUUUUUGGACAAGGGCCAGAACCUGUCAAUUUGGGCUCAAAUAGUCUAUCCCGAAAACGUUGGUCUGUAUGUUAUUGUGGAAUCAUACGGCCCAAAAAUACUAGAAGAGAAACAUCAAGUUCACUAUGAAAUUGCCUUAGGAUACUGCACUAAAACCAUGACAGUAACAUUUUCUCAGAAUGUAAAUUAUGAGGCUGUAGAUGAUUACUUCAAGUUGCAAGACCAGAACACGGGCCUUCUGCUUGUUCAGAUUAGGCCUAGUGAAUAUGCAAAAACAUGUCCAGUAGCCCAAAAGGUGUUCCAGGUAGCCGUUGGCUGUGAUGGUAGCAAAUACAUUGCUGUUAAAGGAUUUAAUAAAAAAGAAUGUCUUCAGCAUGACUUUCUUUACAUUAUUGAAAAGUCAUAUCUGAGGGAUCGACCAUCUAAAAACUUGAGAGUAAGAUAUAAUUGGAAAGAAUAUGGCUGCCCAUUGAGAGUUAAUUUCAGAGAAAAGUUUCACCCUUUGCUUCAAUUAUACGAUGACAACGGCUAUGUUGAAGAUGUUGAAGUAAAUUUCAUAGUGUGGGAAAUACACGGCCGGGAUGACUAUACGUUUAACACCACUAUGAAGAAGAGUGGUUGUUUAAAUGAAGCCCAGACGUGGAAGUCAAUGAUUGAGCUUAACAAGCACCUUCCAUUAGAAGAAGCCUGGGGACCUCAGAACUAUAAGCACUGUUUUUCUUAUGCUAUUGGAAAACCGGGAGACUUAUAUCAACCAUAUGAGAUAAUCAACAAGUCUAACUAUAACCAUUUAGUUUGGCCCACGGGCCAUUCUGGAAUGUAUGUGUUUCGUGUGAAGAUCCUGGAUCCAAACUAUAGUUUCUGUAACCUCACAGCUAUAUUUGCAAUAGAGACCUUUGGCGUGAUUCCCAGUCCAAGUGUCUACCUGGUUGCCUCCUUCCUCUUUCUUCUGAUGCUACUGUUCUUCAGUAUUCUAGUUUUGAGCUACUUCUAUUAUAUGAGGACUUAUAGACAAUACAUUUAUGAGCCACUUCACAAACCUGAAAGAAAACAAAAGACUAACUAG